GAUGCUACAACCUCCUUAUAAAGGGACGCUCUCUCACGUUGUGGCUUGGAAAUUAGAGCACAUUGCCUAAAAUUGAGGUCUCCACAUACACACUCUCACACACGCCGAGUCACCGACUGUCGCUGCCAUGAACCGGAUGAACGCCGAGGAGAUGAUCCGUAGGGCCGAGCCGCUUUUCUUCUGGGUUGGAGCCUUCACUUUGGCCUUCUUUGCGCUGUGGCUGCUCUACAGGCUGGUCACAGGCUUUAGGAUCUGGGUCUUGGGAAAUGGAACGCUGCUCUCCCCGAAGCUGGGCAAAUGGGCAGUUGUGACGGGAGCUACAGAUGGAAUUGGGAAAUCCUAUGCGGAGGAGCUGGCUCGUCGAGGAUUUGCAAUGAUGCUUAUCAGUCGCUCCCAAGAAAAGCUGGAUGACGUGGCAAAGUCACUCGAGGAACAGUUUGGCGUUGAGACCAAGACAAUUGCAGUUGACUUCGGCAAGACUGACAUCUACCCAAAGAUCGAAGCAGGACUGGUGGGGCUGGAGAUUGGCGUUUUAGUUAACAAUGUUGGAGUGUCCUAUCACUACCCUGAAUACUACCUCAAUAUCCCUGACCUGGACAAUUUCCUCACAAAUAUGAUCAAUGUCAACAUGACCUCAGUGUGCCAGAUGACUCGUCUCGUGUUGCCUGGAAUGGUCAGUAGGGCCAAAGGUGUCAUCCUCAACAUUUCCUCUGCCAGUGGCAUGUACCCUCUCCCUCUCCUCACAGUCUACUCUGCAACAAAGGCCUUUAUGGAUUUCUUCUCUCGUGGCCUUCAGGAGGAGUAUAGGCGUCAGGGCAUCAUCAUCCAGAGUGUGCUGCCAUUCUUUGUUGCCACAAAAAUGACUCGCAUCAGGAAGCCAACUCUGGAUAAACCCACUCCAGAGCGCUAUGUGGCUGCAGAACUCACCACUGUGGGUCUGCAGAACCAGACCAAUGGCUACUUCCCCCAUGCCGUCAUGGGCUGGGUGACCACCAAGCUGGUGCCCACCAGCAUCGUCAUCUUUCUGGGAGCCAGCAUGAACCGCGUACAGCGCUCAGGGUACCUGCACAGGAGGAAGCUGCGAGAGAUGAAGAACGGUGCAAGUCUGAAGAGUGAAUAGUGAAAUCUUAGACAACCAUGCUGGCAGCCCCUCUGUUAUGACCUGCAAGAUUCUUUACCAAAGAUGGGAGGAUUUAGGAUUUGUCUUCCAGGGCUCAUUUAACCCUUUUUUUUUUUGCCUUCUAAGAAAAGCACACAUGAAGGCUUGUGUGUUGGCUCUGUGAUUAAUGUUGUAUCUUUAUGCUGAAAACUAGCUGGGAGAAAAAACCAAGAGGAAGAAUAGGAAGUAAGAUGAUGAAACCUUUAAUAUAUUAUUUUUCUUUGUCACUGACACUUGUGGUGGAAAAAUACAGCAACGCGCAGAGGCUUUGCUAACCCUGCUGUUGUAAGCAGUGGAAGAAGGUGAUGGGUAUCUGGUUUUUUUUUAUGUAUAAAUUUAUUUAUUUUAUAUUUGUAUGAACACAUCUGCCAACCCAGACCUUCAAAAGCAAUGUAGAACUUAGUUCUGUUUACAAAUCAGACAUUUAAAGACGGCAGUAUCUGCUUUAUAAUAAUUGAAACUUACAUUUGUUGCGAAAAGCUUGCCGGCUCUUUACCUAUAUUUUUUUCUUCUUCUCUCAAACUUGUUUGUUUGCUAUCUAUUUAAAAUAUCUCCUUGUGGUUGACUGGGGUUACCUUGAUUUCUUUCUUUUUUUUUAUGUUUUGAAUGCCAAGGUUGAUCAGUUUCUUCAUGUUUCUUGUGGCUUUUUCUACUGAAAAUGGUCAGUUUCAGUGAGAGGGUAAUUUGUAAUUGCAUUAAUAAUUUUAUCAGCUGUCCAAGUAUUUGCUGUACAAUAUUUCCUCAAGGAUAUCACACUCUGUUUUUGAGCAGCAAGGUUUUUACUUCUUCUGCCAUGGUUUCUACUUUACCAUAUAGUUGCUGCUCAAAGGGGUUUAAAUAAACUGGGAACCCCUACUUUUUAUACCCCAUAUGAUGUGGUCUGACCUGUGCCUUAACCAAAUAACCUUGUGAAUGUUUUCUGUGGAUUUUAAUGAUUGAAAAUAAAUGACAAUUUCUUAAGAAUUUCUCUGUUUAAAAUGCAUUGUUUACAUUUGUUCUGCAAUUCUAAUGGCUAAUUGUUUUGUUUGUUAAUAAAAAUUUUGGCACAAA